AUGAAAUACGUCAAUUUGGGUAAUAGUGGUUUGAAGGUUUCUCAACUUUGUUUGGGUUGUAUGAGUUUUGGAUCUUCCAAGUGGAUGCCUUGGGUAUUGAAUGAAGAGGAAUCAAUGAUCAUUUUGAAGAAGGCAUGGGAUUUGGGAAUUAACUUUUUCGAUACUGCCAAUGUUUAUAGUAAUGGAGAAAGUGAAAGAAUUUUAGGAAAUUUCAUUAAGAAAUUCAACAUUUCAAGAGAGGAAAUUGUUGUGGCUACCAAAGUUUGUGCUCCAUUGAAACCAAACACUUUUGGUCUCUCCAGAAAGCACAUUAUGCAUGCAGUUGAAGAUUCAUUGCAAAGAUUAGGUCUCGAUUACAUUGAUUUGUACAUUAUCCAUCGUUGGGAUGAAAAUACUCCAAUUGAAGAAACUAUGGAAACACUCCAUGAUUUAGUCAAGUCUGGAAAGGUCAGAUACAUUGGUGCUUCCACAAUGUUUGCUUGGCAAUUUGCUAAAGCUCAACACUAUGCUGAGAAGAAGGGAUUGACCAAAUUCAUUUCCAUGCAAAAUCUCCACAAUCUCAUCUAUAGAGAAGAAGAAAGAGAAAUGAAUCCAUUAUGUGUUGACCAACAUGUUUCUCUCACUCCAUGGGGACCUCUUUCCAAUGGAAUGCUCGCUCGUGCUCAUGAAUUUGUCAAUGCUGAACAAGCAAUUGAUUCCAAGAGAGCUACCUCUGAUUAUUUCCAAAAUAUAUUUAAGGAAAAUUUAACAGAGGGUGAUAAAGAAACAUUGAGAAGAGUUUCAGAAAUUGCAAAGAAGAGAAAUGUACCACCUGCUCAAAUUGCACUUGCUUGGUUGCUUUCCAAGCCAGGUGUUGCUUGUCCAAUUGUUGGCGCCACUAAAGCUGUAAAUAUUGAACUCAAUGUGCAAGCAUUGGAAAUUCAAUUAACCGAUGAAGAAAAGAAGAGUUUGGAAGAAGCUUACUCUGCCAAGGCAAUUCAAGGCAUGUUCAAAUUGACCUAA